CCGGUAGUUUGCUCUUAUUUUGAAGUCAGUUUGUACACGCUCGUACCGUAAUGCCUAGUAUAUACGUGUCCUGAAAGAAAUCGGGUGUGCUGGUCGGAAUAAUUUUUGUACUUAUUCCCCGAGUUUAGCCUCACAGGCGAUGCUGCCACCAAAAUGCUGUGCAAUGCAAAACAGUCUAUAUGUAUAGAUAAACAAGUGUUUUGGUAAACAUUAUGGUUAUUAUCACAUACCAAUUAAAUUGUUUUAACUGAGGCAGCAUUUAUACCUUGCUUGCACGGAAAUAAACGCUGCCUGAGAGUCUCUACUCUGGGACUACUAAUCCUGACGCUGCACCAUGUUUGUAGUCCUGUCCUGCCGUUUUGACAGAGGUGCUAGCGGUUAGCACGCGGAUUUCUAGGAUAGAUAUUUGAGGGGUCCGUUGACAAUUCAGUCAAAGUCGGAAACGUUAACUACAUUUGUUGAAGAUGCAGGAUGACGCACGCUACCUCAAACGCAAGGUGACCGCGGGCAGCUUGGAUGUCCACCCCACAGAGAAGGCCCUCGUGGUCCACUAUGAAGUGGAGGCCUCCAUCCUGGGAGAGGGCGGAGGUCACAUGCUGGGCGAACGAAAGGAGGGACAGAAAAUUAUCCGAGUGAAAAGUCUUUCUCCCAGCACAGACGUGGGAGCCUUGGCCAAGAAAGUGGUGGAGGAGUGUAAGCUCAUCCCUGCGUCCCGUUUGCCCCAGGUGGAGCAGCUCCUCUACUACCUGCAGAACAGGAAGUCGUCACCCGUGGAGGGCAAAGCGGAGAAGAAAGAGAAAAGAACGAUGAAGCCCAGAGAGCUGACCCCGUUUGAAGGGAUGGAGUUGGAUGAGGAAGCCAGCGUCACCAGAGUGGACGAGUACAUCGAACUGCUGUACGAGGGCGUCCCGGAGAAGAUCAGAGGCUCCGCCCUCAUCCUGCAGCUCGCCCGCAACCCCGACAACCUGGAGGAGCUGCUCCACAACGAGGCAGCCCUGGGUGCUCUGGCCAGAGUAUUGAGGGAGGACUGGAAACAGAGUGUCGAGCUGGCUACCAUCAUCAUCUACAUCUUCUUCUGCUUCUCCAGCUUCUCCCAGUUCCACGGCGUGGUGAGCCACUAUAAGAUCGGCGCCCUGUGCAUGAGCGUGGUGGAGCACGAGCUGAAGAGACACGACGUGUGGCGCGAGGAGCUGCGCAAGAAGAGCACGGCUUGCGAGUCGUCUCCAGAGAACGGCUCUCUGAGGAGAGACCAGGACAAAGCGGUCAGGAAAUACCACGGCCUCCUGGCCAAGCAGGAGCAGCUGCUCCGAGUGUCUCUCUACCUGCUGUUGAACCUGGCCGAGGACACGCGCACGGAGCUGAAGAUGAGGAACAAGAACAUCGUGGUGCUGCUGGUCAAAGUGCUGGAGCGGGACGACGAGGAGCUGCUGGUCCUGGUGGUCUCCUUCCUCAAGAAGCUGUCCAUCUUCCUGGAGAACAAGAACGACAUGGCCGAGGUGGACACCGUGGAGCGCCUGGCCCGCCUGGUCCCCUGCGACCACGACGACCUGCUGAGCCUGACGCUGCGCCUGCUGCUCAACCUCUCCUUCGACUCCGGGCUCCGAGCCAAGAUGGUGGAAGUCGGGCUGCUGCCUAAACUGACGGCCUUGCUGGGCGAUGAGAACAACCGGCAGGUGGCCAUGCGGAUCCUCUACCACAUCAGCAUCGACGACCGCUUCAAGGGCAUGUUCGUUUACACCGACUGCAUCCCUCAGCUCAUGCAAAUGCUGUACGAGCACGGUGAGGAGGACACUGAAGCUGAGCUCAUCUCCAUCUGCAUCAACCUGGCUGCCAACAAGAGGAACGCACAGCUCAUGUGUGAAGGAAACGGGUUGAAGAUGCUGAUGAAGAGAGCUCUGAAGAUGAAAGACGGCCUUCUGAUGAAGAUGAUCAGAAACAUCUCUCAACACGACGGACCGACCAAACCGGUGUUCAUCGACUACGUUGGCGACCUGGCCGCAGAGAUCCGUGCGGAGGAGGAGGAGGAGGAGGAGGAGUGGGUUCUGGAGUGUCUCGGCACGCUGGCCAACCUCACCAUCCCCGACCUGGACUGGGAGUUGGUUCUGAAGGAGUACAACCUGGUUCCAUACCUCAAGGACCGGCUGAAGCCAGGCUCGGCAGAAGAUGACCUCAUCCUGGAGGUGGUGAUUAUGAUCGGAACAGUUUCCAUGGACGACGCCUGCGCCGCCAUGUUGGCGAAGUCUGGCAUUAUUCCUGCUCUCAUCGAGCUGCUGAACGCCCAGCAGGAGGACGAUGAGUUUGUGUGUCAGAUCGUCUACGUCUUCUACCAGAUGGUGUUCCACCAGGCCACACGCGACGUCAUCAUCAAGGACACCCAGGCGCCGGCCUACCUGAUCGAUCUGAUGCACGACAAGAACGCCGAGAUCAGAAAAGUGUGUGACAACACGCUCGAUAUCAUCGCUGAGUACGAUGAGGAGUGGGGGAGGAAGAUUCAGUCGGAGAAGUUCCGUUUCCAUAACAACCAGUGGCUGGAGAUGGUGGAAAGUCGCCAGGCCGACGAAUCAGAACCGUAUCUCUACGACAACGAUGACAGGACGGAUCUCUUCUACAGUGCAGAUGGAAUCACUCCAGCAGACGGUUCUGUCAGUCCAGAUUUCUUCAAUGACCUCCAGCCUCAGAAUGGAGACGUGCUGCACACGAGCGACGUGUUCGACCAGACCAGCUCGUCGACUGGACGGCCGGCGACCGCCUACGGCUUCAGACCGGACGAGCAGCCCUUCUAUCAGUACUCGUAGACCUGGGACGUCCCGCCCCCUUUCCACCCACGUCCAAUCAGGUCCCAUUUCAGAUUGUCACCAAGACACCGAUCAUCAAGGCUGAAACACACGACCACUUCACACUAGUUGUUACAUAAAUCAUCCACCAUCAUGUCAGAGUAGUGGUCUCCACACGGGCUCCAGGCUUCUUAUCCUGGCUCCAUCGUUUAAAGAACGUGAAGAGGCUGAACAUUUAUCACGUAUGUUGAUAUGUUUUUGCAUGUUUUUCUAUGUAUUAAUGAAUAUUUGUGUUCUCCACUGAAACCCUUUAGUCAAGUGUUUACAGGGUUUGUACGGUCAUUGAAAACCUGGGAAAGUCAUUGAAUUUUAUUUAUUUUACCAUUAUUUUAAUUUAUUGUUUUUCAGUUAUUUCCAGGCCUGGAAAAGUCCAUGAAAAGAAAUGUAUUUUCCAAAGGUUUUUGGAAAAUCAUGGACAUUUUGUAAUAUUCAAAUGUUCAUUUACGCAGUUUGAUUAAAAGAAUGAACAUUUAUAUAAAUACGUAUUCUUUUAAUCAAACUAAUUUUCUCUCACCAAUGUGUCACAAAAUAUUCGUCAUGGAAAUUUGGUUAAAAGUCAAAUCCAUAGUUUAACAUGUGUAUGAACCCUGUGCUUAUUACUGCGACAGCAUCAUUGCAUCCACAUGCACCACCGGGUACAUACAUCUGUCCAUGUUAGUGUAACAGUACCGUAACAUUACUGUAACAUUACUAUAACUACUGUAACACAACUGUAACAUUACUAUAACACUACUGUAACAUUACUAUAACAUUACUAUAACAGUACCGUAACAUUACUGUAACAUUAUGGUAACAUUGUCGUAACAUUACUGUAACAUUACUAUAACAUUACUGUAACAUUACUAUAACAUUACUGUAACACUACUAUAACACUACUAUAACAUUACUGUAACAUUAUGGUAACUUUAUCGUAACUUUACCGUCAAAUUACUACAACAUUACUGUAACUUUACCAUAACAUUGUCAAAACAUUACCAUAACUUUACCGUCAAAUUACCAUAAUAUUACGGUUACAUUACUAUGACAUUACUGUAACAUUAUGGUAACUUUAUCGUAACAUUACCGUAACUUUACCGUCAAAUUACCAUAACAUUACCGUAACAUUAUGGUAACUUUACCGUAACAUUACCAUAACUUUUCCGUAACUUUACCGUAACAUUACCUUAACUUUACCGUCAAAUUACCAUAACAUCACCGUAACUUCACCGUAACAUUAUGGUAACUUUAUCGUAACUUUACCGUAACGUUACCGUCAAAUUACCAUAACAUUACCGUAACUUUACCGUAACAUUAUGGUAACUUUACCGUAACAUUACCGUAACUUUACCGUCAAAUUACCAUAACAUUACCGUAACUUCACCGUAACUUUACCGUAACAUUAUGGUAACUUUAUCGUAACAUUACCGUAACUUUGUCGCUUCUGGUGCUCUCCCACUCGGAGGCUCGUGGAGCCGAGUGGUGCAUCUCGUGUCAAACCAAACCAGUAUUGACAUGUUUAUCCAGAAGUCCCUGCAGAAGACAGCUGGUCCCCGGUGCAGAGGUCACGACCGCGAACACCUGCUCUGGACCCGCCCCCGGACACAGGAAGUCACGUGACACCUCCGGGCCCCGAAAGAGACAUUUAGAACGUGUAAACCUGCUUUACCAUAAAUAUACCACCACAAGUACACUCAACAUAUACGCACGCGAGCAUGUUGUCGUCAAGAGACGGAAAACACAGCAACAUCCACAGACCAUUGAGGAUCAAUACGCUGUAGAACGACGUCACCAGCUGGUUACAUAACCAAAGUCAACAGUAUUACGAGUGUGUCAGUCUAAUCCCCCGUACUGCUCGGCAACACAAAUGUCUGAUUGUAUAAAUGUGAUUUUGUUUUCUUCUUAAAACAUUUUGUGAAAAGGGGCGUGGCUCCUGCUGUAUCGGCCGCUCCCUGAUACUUUACCACACGCGGUGUUACUUCUAGGCAUAUUUGCACAUUUUAUUUUGUUGAUGCACGAUUUAUGUUUUCUUUUUUAUUUAAGUUAUUGUUAAUCUAUAAAUAGUUGAUUCUGUAAGUUCUGGACUCUCCAUUCUCUUUCAUCCUCUGGUUCUUCGAUAGAAAAUAAAUCCCACAUUUCAUAUGCAA